AGGACAUGUGACAGAGUUGAUGGACACCCUAUGUUCAUCAAUGGACAGGAAGUUCCACAGAAUGGAAUAUAAUCACGUGCUAUCAGAAACCGCUGCACUUGACCCCAGGUUUAAGAAGUUAGCCUUCAGUGAUGCCAGAGCGAUCGAUGAGGCUCUUCAAAGAAUAACCUCAGCAGCAGGGAGGGACAGCUCCAGCAGUCAGUUGGCUCAGGAACCAGGGCAACAGGAAGAAGAGGGAUCAGAUGGAGCAGAAGCACCAGCAGUAGUGCCACAAACGUCUGCUGUUUGGAUGCUGUUUGACGAGAGAGCAACUGGGGAUGCAGCACGAAGGAAUCCCUCAGCAGAUGCCAUAAUGGAGGUCCGAUCCUAUUUACAUUUACAUUACAUUUAAGUCAUUUAGCAGACGCUCUUAUCCAGAGCGACUUACAAAUUGGUGCAUUGAGGAGCCCCUCCUCCAAAGAUCUGCAAAUCCUCUGAGCUGGUGGAAGAACAAGGUCUCUGUCUACCCACGGCUUACUAAGUCAUGACAGGGAGACUGCAUAGUGGCCACAUCCGUUCCCUCUGAGAGGGUCUUCUUGAAAACGGGACAAAUAAUUACUGAGAGAAGAAUCCGCAUCAGCCCCUCAAAGUGAGGCAGCUUGCACUUCUGAAUGCAAAUCUCUCAUAAAAGCAAAAUAUGGUCAGCAUUGCUGUGUGCUGCUGGUUAUAACAUGGCAAUAAAGAAUAGAGAGAAAAGAGGGACCAGUUUAAUGUUUAAUGCUACAGUUUUGCACAUGAUUUAUUUUUCUUUGAUAUGGUGCAUUAUUCUAUUAUUAUGUUGUUCAGAUUGUACUCGUUUUGAAUUGUUACAUUUAUAUGCACUUUGUUUAUAUACAUUAAAAAAGUUAUACUUUAAAUGCACAUGUGUAAAAACAUCCUCUUUACAUUUAUUUCAAUUUGUGGGAUGCUGCAGUUUUGCAAAUUGUUAUUUAUUUUUCUUUGAUAUUGUGCAAUAUUCUAUUAUGCUGUUCAGAUUGUAUUCGUUUUGAAUGUUUAGAUUUAUAUGCACAUUGUUUAUAUACAUUACAAAUGUAUAAUUUAAAUGCAAAUGUUUAAUAGUAUUAUAUUACAUAACAAACCAAUGCAUUUUUAAAUACAUUGUGGUUAAGGUAGAUUAUGAUAUCAUUUAAUAAUUUAAUUAUAAUUGUUUUCACAGAAAUCAUAGUCAAACUAUCGCAAACGGUUUGACUUGAAAAAAUACAAGACAUGUUUUUUUUAAAGAGCCGUUUGGGAGCCAAAAGAGCCGACUCACUGAAAAGAGCCGGAAUGCCCAUCACCACCUAUUGCCUAUGGCCGAAAAACUAGUAGUGCGCUAUGAUGACAUGGGGAGGGGCAUCCGAGCAGUGAGCUAUGUUGUAUUUGGUUGUAUGUGUAACUUCUUAUUUAUACCUCAGUGUGUGUAACUCCGAGUCGGGGAGAUGAUGAAGAUUAGCCUACGCGCUAUGUAAAAUUGUAACAGCAGCACAGCCAUACGUAACUAUUUGGCGCUCGCGCCACGUGGAGCGAAAGGCUACAUUUAUCUUGUUACAUUUUAUCCUACAUGUUAUCGCUUUGGUUUUUUAGCAACAAACGUCUUUUUUUGUUGCGUUGCAAUAAUGAAAACACAGUGAUCUGACUGCCGCACUUCUCAUCUCUACAAGAUUUGUGUUAGUGGGUCGGAGUGCGGAACCUACGCAUUUCUGUGCAUUGAGGACCAAGAAGAUACACAAGGAGUGGGCUCUGAAUUCUUGCUUAAUCUACAGACAAAGGGAGAACAGUUUCAACCGAUCCCCCGUGCCCAGGAUGAAGGGUCGGACAGACGCCCCGCGCGAUAGGGGCUGGUUGGUGGGGGUUAUCUUCUUCAUCCUGGGACUCGGGACGCUGCUACCAUGGAACUUCUUCAUGACCGCCUCCAUGUAUUUCAACAGCCGCCUUAACAAGACUGAACGGAGCAACGGCACAGUGGUCUCCCACAAAGAGUACUACUUCAACAACUGGAUGACUCUGCUGUCCCAGCUCCCCCUGCUGCUCUGCACUCUGCUCAACUCCUUCUUCUAUCAGCGGAUAUCGGAGAUGGUGCGGAUAGCAGGCAGCCUGGUCUUCAUCUUCAUCCUCUUCAUCCUCACUGCCAUCCUGGUCAAGAUCCCCAUGGAGGAGGACCGCUUCUUCUCUGUUACCAUGGCUACCAUCUGGUUCAUCAACUCGUUUGGAGCGGUGCUACAGGGCAGUCUGUUUGGCCUGGUGGGCCUCCUUCCUCAGAAGUACAGCGCUGUGUUCAUGAGUGGCCAGGGGCUGGCCGGCACCUUCGCUGCUAUCGCCAUGCUGGUCUCCAUAGCCAGUGAUACGGACCCUGAGACGACUGCGUUGGGUUACUUCAUCACGCCGUGUGUAGGAACCCUGAUCACUUUGCUUAGCUACCUCCUACUGCCUCGCCUGGAGUUUGCCCAGUUUUACUUGGACAAGAGCAGGAGUUAUGAGGUGGAGACUGCAGAUGAGCUGCUGAAAGUGACAGAGAGUGGCACGGCGGAGAACGGCAAGCUGUAUGGCCACGCCAAUGGCUCUUUGGCCAAUGGAGAUGCCAGUGGCGAGGAGGUGGAGCUAAAGGGGGCUGGGGUCAGUCCCAAACAGGCCUUCUUAACCCUGGAGCAGGCUGAGGUCAGGGACAGGAAGUCCACCGUCAUGGAGGUGUUUAAAAAGAUAUGGGUGAUGGCUUUCUGUGUGGUUUUUGUCUUCACCGUCACUCUCGCUGUGUUCCCCGCCGUCACUGUGGACGUCAAGACCAUAUACCCUGGGAAAUGGGAACCUUAUUUCAUCUCUGUGUGCUGCUUCCUCAUUUUCAACGUGUGUGACUGGAUCGGCAGAACUGUCACCACCCUGGUCCAGUGGCCCCCCAAGGAGAGUUGUCUGUUCCCGGGGCUGGUGGUCUCCAGGGUGGUGUUUGUUCCCCUGCUGAUGUUCUGUAACGUCCAGAGCCGCUCCUACCUCCCCGUCCUCUUCUCCCACGACGCUGCCUUCGCUUUCAUCAUGAUGCUCUUCUCCCUCUCCAACGGAUACUGUGUCUGCCUCUCCAUGUCCUACGCCCCACAGUUGGUGGCUCCUAAAGAUGCAGAGACGGCCGGGGCCCUGAUGACUUUCUUCCUGGCCCUGGGCCUCUCCAUCGGGGCCGCCCUGUCCUUCCUGCUGCGACUACUGGUCUAGACACACACACACAUCAGAGGACCACCACCAUCAGUCAACAGCCACCUCCAUCCCCAUCCGUAAAGUGACGGGACACGCCCUGACAUCAUCCACUUCCAUCGUCAUACCUAGAAGGACCCAGGCUGGGAAUAGAGCUGCAUAAAGAAAAGCCUGCAUCAAAAUGAUAUUAGUACUGACCACAAUAGAUAUUAUACCAGGGAUUGAAUAUCAUCUCCCCAGCUGCCUGACAUGCACAACACGUUUUGAAAUAACUGAGAUAUGAAGGGUAUGACGCUACAUGACUAGCUACUUUACAACUGGUUUACAGUGGUUAGUAGUAAAAGACUGGUUGCCUCUCAUCGGACAACAAUGAAUGGACACAGUCGGUGCCAAACAGUUUUAAACUUGGGUGGUUAUUUUUGAGUUGGACCAUUUUGAGGAGUCUGUUUGUAUAAUGUUUGUUUCCCUGUUGUUUUCUUAAGGCACUAACCUUAGUCAAGAAGAGUAGCGAGAGGAGUUUAUGGAGAACUAAUGGAUUGUUCCACAAAGUAGAUCAUUUUCUCACGGAAGUCUUAUUUUCAUAACGACAUCAGAUUAAAUCAGGAUUACUAGCUCUGAUGAGUAAGUACUUAUAUUUUUCAACAAUUUGAUUUGAUUGAAAACAUUUGAUUUAUUUUGGAUAUCAUGACAAUAUGAAAUAGUACAUUAUUUUUGCACGGAAGACCAAUUCAAUUAUUUCCCUUAGUUUGCAUUUGGUUACAGAUAGGUUUCUUCAUUAUGUUAUUUGCACAUCAGUACAAAGGCACUACAUUACACAGACAACAUGGACAUCGGUCUGUGGACAUCAGCACACUCAUGUCAUUCUAGCCCAUUGGAGUGGAGAGGACCACUUGGGGUGUGUUCAAUAGAGUGAAAUGUAGUUCAUAGAAAAUACUCCAUUCGCUUCCUGUUCAUGUCAGGAUAAUGGCCCAGUAGGACAGGUUUUAGAAACAGGAUAUGAUGCAGUGUAAGGAUAGGAACAGAGGGCAAGGAGGUGAUGGGAACCAGACCACAUUCCACUCCUCCUCCUUCCCACUGUUCUCCUGAGGGUAGCGUUCAGUCUGACCAUAAGUGUUUCCCAAAUUCGGUCCAUGGGACCCCAGGGGGUGCACGUUUUGUUUUAAUGUCCCAGCACUACACAGCUGAUUCAAAUAAUCAACUGAUCAUCAGGCUUUUGAGAAUAUAAAAUCAGAUGUGUAGUGUUAAGGCAAAAAAACUAAAAACGUGCACCCGUUGGGGUCCUGAGGUUUGAUUUUGGGGAAACGCUGCCCUAACACCAUUCUGUGCUGCUAACCUACCUAUUAACCUGUUGCUGUCUAGUCACGUUGUUUGAACAGAGCUUUGGCUUUAGGUAUAAUGUACAAAGGUGUGCUGUGACAGAUUUUUCUAAACAAAAAGGGAUACACUCCCUGCUUUGUUGUAAACAGGGUGUUGCUUUUGGCUUUCUGUAAUAACAAAAUGUUUAAUUUUUUGUCACCAUGAAAAAGUGUCAGCUAUUCUGUUUCGAUUAUGUAAAUUCAUUGGAUUUAAGUAACAGCACUUGUUUUUGUUUCGCUUUUGGUCAUUUACUAGACUAAACUAUAGUAUUUUGAACACAGAUGAAGAACAAGAAUAGCUUCUAGCGGUCACUGGUUGAUGAGCCAGCUAAGGGUAAAGUGUCUGUAUCUGCCAAUAUUUGACUUCAUAUUACAUAGACAGUGGGAGUAAAACACAUUACAGAAAAAUAUUUUUCAAUACAUUAACAUAACACUAAAUCACAAUUCCAUAAUUAUCUGCCAAUUUUCAUUCCUUGAAUGUAUCAUGGCCACGAUGAUUUAAUGGAGUCAGAUUAUACAUUUAACGGAGUGCCAUUAAACAUGAAUCGACAACCAUUUCUAAAGCUGUGCAUUAAAUCAAGUUAUAGAUUUAUGUCUAUAAACUGUUUA